GAACCGGAGAGAGAAGUGCAUAUCACAAUCGCAAUAACCCAUCUUGAUCCGGUAGCCAUUAGAGACCCGAAAAAGACCCAGAAGAAAAAGUUGCGAUUUUUCGUUUUGGCUUCGCGAGAAUUUUGCAACUGAAUUGGCGAAUUGCGUCGAGGGAGAGAGGCGAUAAAGGGGGAGAUUUCUGGGUUUUUGAUUCGAGGGAGGGUGAAGGGGAAAAAAACCCUAGGGGUCAUGAUCAGAUGCUAUUGGGUCGUCGAGGAAUAGAAAAAAAGCAGCGGCCACCAUGAUGAACUCUUCGAAUGGCAUGAUCUCGGCGCCGUCUUCGUCUUCAGCGGCGCCGGUGAACCCUCAGACUCCGGGAAUCAAGACGUAUUUCAAGACGCCGGAGGGAAAGUACAAGCUCCACUACGAGAAGACUCAUCCUUCUGGGCUCCUUCACUACGCCCAUGGCAAAACUGUCACUCAGGUUACAUUAGCUCAUCUUAAGGAAAAACCAGCUCCUUCGACUCCAACUGGUACUUCAUCAAGCUACAGUGCCAGUAGUGGAUUCCGCUCAGCAACAGCGAGGUUGCUGGGUGGCGGGAAUGGGAGUCGUGCUCUUAGUUUCGUCGGAGGUAAUGGAGGGAGCAAAAGCACGAUUACAAGCACGAGAAUCGGCGGUUCAUUCAGUGCCACUGGUUCCAACACGUCGGUAACAAAUACGAAUUUCGACGGGAAAGGAACUUACUUAGUUUUCAAUGUAGGCGAUGCCAUUUUUAUUUGUGACUUGAACUCUCAAGACAAGGAUCCAAUAAAGUCUAUCCAUUUCAGUAAUUCAAACCCUAUGUGCCAUGCAUUUGACCCGGAUGCUAAGGAUGGACAUGAUUUGCUUAUUGGGCUGAAUUCUGGAGAUGUCUACACCGUAUCACUGAGACAGCAGUUACAGGAUGUUGGUAAGAAGCUUGUUGGUGCAAUGCAUUAUAACAAGGAUGGUUCUGUCAAUAACAGCCGUUGUACCGGUAUUGCUUGGGUGCCUGGAGGGGAUGGAGCCUUUGUUGUUGCUCAUACCGAUGGAAAUUUGUACGUUUAUGAGAAGAACAAAGAUGGUGCCACCGAUUCUUCGUUCCCUGUUAUACGAGAUCCUACACAAUUUUCAGUUGAUAAAGCAAAACACAGCAAGAGUAAUCCUGUUGCUAGAUGGCAUAUAUGUCAAGGUUCAAUUAACAGCAUUGCAUUCUCAAAUGAUGGGACAUACUUGGCUACUGUUGGAAGAGAUGGUUACCUUCGCGUUUUUGACUUCUCAAACCAAAAGCUAGUAUGUGGUGGAAAAAGUUAUUACGGUGCUCUAUUGUGUUGUGCUUGGAGUAUGGAUGGUAAGUAUAUCUUGACCGGAGGUGAAGACGACCUGGUUCAAGUGUGGAGUAUGGAAGACAGGAAGGUUGUGGCAUGGGGUGAGGGACACAAUUCAUGGGUAAGUGGAGUGGCGUUUGAUUCCUAUUGGACAUCGCCAAAUUCAGAUGGAUCGGGAGAGAAUAUCAUGUAUCGGUUUGGUUCAGUUGGCCAGGACACUCAGUUACUUUUAUGGGACCUCGAAAUGGAUGAGAUUGUGGUUCCACUUCGACGACCCCCUGGAGGGUCCCCGACCUACAGCACGGGAAGCCAGUCGUCGUCUCAUUGGGACAACCUCGUACCGACGGGAACCCUUCAGCCCGCCCCGUUCAUGCGCGAUGUCCCAAAGCUCUCCCCUGUGGUCGCUCACCGUGUCCACACGGAACCCCUCUCGGGUUUGAUCUUCACCCGAGAAUCGGUCAUCACGGCGUGUAGAGAAGGGCAUAUAAAGAUCUGGACUCGACCCAGUGUCUCGGAAUCGGAAUCCAACAGUCCGGAAGCAAAUUCCACAACGACCCUUUUGAGCAACCUCGUCUCCAAAGACAGCAAGGUCAGUGGUUCCAGUUACUACAAGCUUUGACCGAGUCAGAUGCCGAUGCUUGUCUGAAUUCAGUUUCUGUUUCAUCGUAUUGUUUUCAUGUCUGGUUUUCUCAUUCGGAAAGUCGAAAAAAAAAAAAAGCUCUGUGAAUAUAUCUCUCUCCUGGGUUUUGGGAGCUGUGACAGAGAUCGAGGGAGGAGGAAUGGAAAGAAAACAGAGACGAAGAGGAUAUAUUUGGGGAUGUAAUUAUGAAAUCGGCUCGUGCUUGAUUAGGGUUCAUAUCAUCCAAAGAAAAAACUAACAAGAAAAAGGAAUAAUGGAGGUUUGGUGCUUCAGAAAUGAACUCUGUAUUUUCUUCCAGUUGCAGAGAUGACACUUUGGCUUUCUGAUUCCUUUUUCUUCAUGGCAGUCCUAUUUUUCAC